AUGGAUCAAUUAAUUGAAGAUUGGCUGAAUGAUAGCGAUGCUGAAUUACACGAUGACGAUGACGAUUAUGAGUUCGUCCAUGACUCGGAUGAAGAUCCAGAAUGGGUUCUCCCAAAUGUCCAAAACCAAGUGUUCGACGAAGAAGUAAACGAAGAAAUUGAUGUUGACAUGGAGGCGGAGAAUGACGAAAAUAAAUUUCAAUAUAACCAAAGUGAUUCAGAUUUAUUAACCUGGGGACCUAUCAGAGGUAAUCUAAAUAAUAUAUCGUUUAAUCCUAAUAAUUUGGAUGUUGAUGUAAAUCCAGAUAUAAUUCAAACAAUGGCAGACUGUUCACCUUAUGAAUUUUAUAAGUUGUUUUUUGACGAUGAUGUGUUAGAUUUUUUGAUUGAAGAGACUAAUCGACAUGCUUCCCAAUUGCUUGUAAAUCGCAGUGUUAAAACAUUUUCUCGCAUAAAAAAAUGGUAUCCAGUAGACCGAACUGAGAUGAACAAUUUUUUAGGCAUUGUAAUGUGGAUGGGGUUGGUGCAAAUGCCAAGUUUGAGUGAUUAUUGGAAAAAAAACUUGUUGUAUCAAAACUAUGUGACAAAUAUUAUGAGCAGAAAUCGAUUCGAAUUAAUUUUAUGCAUGUUCCAUUGUUCAAAUAAUGAAAAUCCUGAACAUGGAAAAUUAAACUAUUAUACUUUACAAUACAAUAUUUAUGCCGGUAAAAAUGAAGUUCGUGAAACCAACGUCUCGUAUAAAAUAGUAUUAAAGCUGAUGGAACCUUAUAUUAAUCUUGGUCGUUGCUUAUAUAUCGACAAUUGGUAUUCCAGUGUGGAGUUGGCGGAAAAACUUAUUAAAGAAAAUACCCAUAUGGUAGAAACAUUAAGAGCAAAAAGACGAGGAAACCCACCUGAUGUUAUCGGCAAAAAAUUAAAAAAAGGGGAGCUAAUUGCUCAACAAAAUAAUUCUAAUAUAGUAGUUUUAAAAUGGCGUGAAAAACGUGACAUACAUAUUAUCACAACAAAAGACACUGACGAGACUGUAGAAAUACGUAACAGAUAG